UUGCAAGUUGCUAUUCUCCCAGUCUCUCUCUAUUGACCAAAAUGCAACGGGUUUACUUCUCAAACUGACAGAAAACCCCCUUUCUAAAACCCUAACAAAUUAAUCCCAUUUUCCCAAUUCAGAUUCGAAAAUCUGGGAACUAAAAUGGCGUCGAUUUCAUUGAAAGGGAAGACGAAGAACAUUGCAAACAGGUCGAAGAGAUACGUAGAAGAAGCAUUAUAUGUUAAGCUGUUUAAAGAAGGCGGUGAGGAGGUUACUGUUCGUCAUCAAUUGAAUGAGUUCAUCAAGAGUGGCAAAAAAGUUUACAAAUGGGAAGUUGGUGAUACCAUCAAGAAGCUUCGAAGUCGCAAGCACUAUUUUGCUGCUCUCAAGCUUUCAGACACUAUGGCUAAAAGGGGCAUGAACAUGACAUUAAGUGAUCAAGCUAUCCAUCUUGAUCUCAUUGCCAAGACACACGGCAUUGCUGCUGCUGAGAAUUACUUUAUCGAUCUUCCCGAGUCAUCGAAAUCUAUAGAGUGUUAUGGCGCGCUUCUUAAUUGCUACUGCAAGGAGUUGAUUUCUGAUAAAGCUGAAGCACUUAUGGAGAAAAUGAAGGAACUAGGCCUCCCCAUUACAGCCAUGUCUUACAAUAGCCUGAUGACUAUGUACGCGAAAAGUGGUCAGCCUGAAAGAGUACCUGCACUGACACAAGAAAUGAAAGCAUCUAAUAUCAUGCCACAAAUAUACACUUAUAAUGUGUGGAUGAGAGCUUUAGCAGCUGUUAAUGACAUUGGAGGGGUUGAGAGAGUUUUGGAUGAGAUGAAGCGGGAUGGACGAGUAGCAGAAGAUUGGACAACAUACAGCAAUUUAGCAUCAAUUUAUGUUGAUGCUGGGAUGUCUGAGAAGGCUGAGAAUGCUCUUAAGGAGCUUGAGAAGCGGAACAUUUCUAAAGCACUUUCACCAUACCAAUUCCUCAUUACUUUAUACGGAAGAACAGGGAAUUUGCUUGAGGUUUAUCGUGUUUGGCGCUCUGUAAGGCUUGCAUUUCCUAAUACUCCAAAUAUUGCUUACUUGAAUAUGAUUCAAGUGUUGGUCAACUUGAACGAUUUGCCAGGCGCUGAGAAAUGCUUCAAGGAAUGGGAAUCUGGUUGUUUAAAUUAUGAUAUUCGGAUAUCAAACGUACUCAUUGGAGCUUACGUCAAAGGUGGUAUGUUAGACAAGGCUCAAGCGGUCAAAGAGCGCGCUAGUUGUAGAGAGGCUAAACCUAAUGCUAAAACUUGGGAGAUCUAUCUGGAUCAUUAUUUGAAGAAAGGGGAAACUAAGCUAGCGGUUGAGUGUAUUGAAAAUGCAAUAACCAGCGGUAAGGGACACAAAGCUAAGUGGGUCCCAUCAGGUGAAAUAAUCAAUGCAACGAUGCAACUCUUUGAACAGAACAAGGAUGUUGAUGGGGCUGAAGGUUUUCUGGAGAUUGUAAAGAAAGCUGUGGAUAAUUUGGGGGCAGAGCCGUAUGAAUCAUUGAUAAGAACAUAUGCAACUGCUGGAAGGACUAGUCCUUCCCUGCAUCGCCUAUUGAAGAUGGAAAAUAUAGAGGUGAAUGAGGCAUGUAAGAAGUUGCUUGACGCGAUUACUGUUGAAUGAGUUUCUUUGGCUUUUGACCUGUAAUUCUUGCUCUUACAAAUUUUGGCUAGUUGAUAAGCUUCUGCGAAUCUGCGGUUAUGCUAAGUGAUUUUGUUUCAAUAAUGGAUAUGGCCCAUUUUUGUGGAAAUUUUCUCUCAGAUUCGAUUGGGUGAAAUCUUAGUUCUCAUGUUUUGUGCAUCAGCAAUUAACCAGGUAAAUCCCUUAUUUUCUCGUUA